UAUUUUUCUAUAUAAAGCUUCCAAAUCAACAUAUUGUGUUAUAUAGAACACAAACACAAACACAAUUCUAAUUAUUUAAGAUGGCUAUUGCACAAAACAAACGUUUCUUACUAGUGAUUCUUUUUCUCCUAUGCUUCAUCUCUAUCCAAGCUAGAGCAAGAAUACUGAAAGAAAAAAGCAAUGAUGCAGUGAGUAUUUCUCAUGAUAAAGAAGCACAAGAUCAUGUGUUUAAGGCAAAAGAAGAAGAUCAUAAUAAUGGAGAUGAAGUAUUUGCAAUGGAUUAUACUCCAGCUAGAAGAAAGCCACCGAUUCAUAAUUGAAAUAUUAUUUGCAAUUUUGUGCAAUAAAUUAUUUUAAGCUAGGAAAAUUUUGUUGAUGUUUAAAUAUAUAUUGGCCUUGUAUAAAGUUAUAAAACGGUGUAAUUAUACAUGAUACACGGUAAUAAAAUCAUUUCUCUUCUCUGGUGGAGUGGGAACUAUAAUUCUUCCUUUCCAUUGUAAUAAAAUCUAUUUUCAUUUCAUAAUAAUAUACUCUAU